AUGCCCGAAAAGAAUGCGCCGCUGGGCGCUUCCAAUGCGACAAAAUCCAGAUCUGAUGCAGGGAAGGAUACGAGCAUCAAGAACUCGCAAACAUCUGCGGCCAAGGCCGAAACGACCGGCUCUGGGAGUCACUCCAGCCCCAAGAAGCGCCGGAAGGUGAAUCACGCUGACCUGUCUGAAUCUGUGAAGGAACGGCCCUGCACACGCUGUAUAAAGCGAAAUAUCGGCCACCUGUGCCACGAUGAGCCGAGGGAAACUGCGAAACGAGGACGUGGCGAACACGAAAACUCUGCUGCAGACGACGAGGGAUCGUCUAACAAUGAAGUGGGCUCCGUUCAAGGCAUGCCUAGGAGUGUCGAUGUCGCCGAUGCUGCUGGUCAGCAACCAUUCCCUGAUACCACGAUCGGAAUUACACCCUCGGCUGUGAACCCGCCUUCCACGGUGCCGCCUGGAAACCUCUCUGCAUCUAGUCAGGGCCUCGAGGCUAAUUCUCAGCUCAUGCAAUACAACGACUGGGUAGGUGGUCAGAAUCAGUUCCAGGACAUGCAUUCUCUCCACCCGUCGUACAUGUUCAAUGCACAUGAGGUGACCAACGAGUAUAAUCUGCUCGGAGAUUUUCUCAGUAACAGCCUCUUGGACGACGGGGCGAUGUUCCAAAAUCAAGAUAUGCAGGGAAUCUACACCGAUUCAUCAUUGAUGAAUUCCGUGAACGGUAUGGCGCUGCCGAACGGGUUGCCUCCUCCAGCACAACUUCCACCGCCAGCCAAAAACCAAGUACCGCAAGGAGAAUCGAUUCAACCACCAAACUCCACGGUUGGAAAUGACAAAGCCCGGGAAACAUACUACAUGACCGCCGCAGACCCAGCAGGAACUGACCCACCAGAAGAGCGGAUGAACAAGCUUCUCAAAGCAAAAUAUGACGCCGGAUUACUGAAACCGUUCAACUAUGUCAAGGGAUAUGCGCGAUUAAAUCAGUACAUGGAAAAGAACAUGCAACAAAUAUCUCGGCAGAAGAUUCUGCGACAGCUCGACAAGUUCCGGCCUAAGUUCCGAGAACGCAUGCAGAGCUUAACUGAUAUCGAACUGAUUCUUGUGGAGAUGUGGUUCGAGCGGAGUCUUAUGGAGUACGACCGCGUCUUUGCCAGUAUGGCCAUACCGGCCUGCUGCUGGCGCCGAACGGGCGAAAUCUUUCGAGGGAAUAAUGAGAUGGCACAGCUGAUUGAUGUCCCGGUCGAGGGUCUGCGAGAUGGCAAACUUGCUAUUCAUGAGAUCAUCGUCGAAGAUCAGCUGGUCAGCUAUUGGGAAAAGUUCGGUGCUAUCGCCUUCGACAAUACUCAAAAGGCCAUGCUCACAAGUUGCACUCUGAAGAGUCCUAAUCCUAAGUCAACGAAUGACGGUAUUACCUGCUGCUUUUCGUUUACAAUCAGACGAGACAAUCACAACAUUAACCCAUUCUGUCUUGUGACGAAUACAGCUAAUCACCAGCAGCUGGAUGCGAUUGGGACAUUGCUUUGGAAUGACUGCACCGAUCUGAUGAUUUCGCGCGGUCACAAUCCAGAGGACGUGCUCUUGCUCGGUAAAGUAAGGGCUCUCGCGUUUGCUAUCUUGAACCAGGCUGUCUUGCCUGAUCUCCUAGGCAAUAUCAGGGCUCUAGAUCUGGCCCUCAAGGCGGCGCGUAUCUGCAUCGUGAACCAGCAACGCGAAAUUGCACUGAAUAUCUUGUCAGUAGCCGCUCUAAGGCUGGCAAGUGUUCAGCCUGUUCAUCUUGGGCUUGAUCCUGCGAUUAAUCGCACUCUCACCACCCGAUACUUCUUGCUCCGUAUUCGACUGGCCUGGUUGCAGGAUCGAGUAGAUAUCGCCGAACAUUUCUUCGCCAAACUCCCUAGGCCAGUUGUGUUGAACGAUGAAGAGUUGAUUUUCGAAACUUGUUUUAUCAUUGGUGACUCUGCACUAGCACGGCGCCUGCCUGACGUCGCAAUCACAUGGCUACAGAGAGCGAAGGAUCACUUGGAGCCCUUAUCUAUAAUGGCUGAGAUGAAUUUUGCAGACUACCAUAAGUGGAACUUGCUUGUUCGACAUUCCCUCGUUGUGGCUUGUGCACAAGUCAAAAGCCCUCAGGCAAUCUUCAUCUACGAUGUUGAAAUGAGGGUCUUGAGAGAUGAUUACCCAAAGCACCCUGCUAUGGUCCUUUUUAAUCUCUUUGUGGGACAGAACAAUCCCAGCAAUGAAGAACUCCUACAAGGUCUGAAGAGUCUGGUUGAGGAAACACUUCUCACGGACAUGAACAUGCCGAUAAUUUUCCAGUUUGCUCGAUCUCUGGGCCAUACAGGUGGCUCGGAUCAUGGAAUGGAAGCAUUUCGAAUUUUGCUUAUGCGUCCUCUGCCAACAAGGGAAUGGACAGAGAAAUGCUUUGUCGCUUUCCUUCUACUUCUGAGCAGAUCGGAUAUCUCUGAUUCCAAGCGUAUUCGGAACCUCCGGUGUGUGAUCGACACGCUAGAGAAACGAGGAUAUCCAUCAAUUGGCGCCAAGGCAGCUCACGCCACCGUGAUUGUAGGAUUUGCAAUCACCCUUCUUUCUCAAGAGCUCUCCAAAGGCUUUAGCCAGAGGCUUGGAAACAGUAUCGAGACUGUAACUCAGAGUGCCCUGUCUUUUGCUAAAGAGAAUAGCAUGUUUGAAGGUGGUGACCAGGAGGUCUCAGUCACCCAACUGCAAUGGCUAUAUUUUUCAGCUUACAAACUUGCUUUGGAACUUGUCAACUCUUCCGGGGUUCUGUGGGCUACUUCUGUCUUAGACCACUCCAGAGAUUUUGCGAUUCAAUAUCGUCAGAUUGCAUACCCCGAGAUGGGUUCCAGAGCACCUAGGCCACAUUUCUUUGCGGUUGCUUAUCUCCGUAUCCUUGUUACCUCUCUCAAGGCCCGCUGCGAGGACGAUCCGGCUGAAAGGACAUCGCACUAUGAGAGUGUACGCGCUUGUUUCCAGGAACUCGAUGAAUUGCACGGUUGGGAAGACGAAGAAGAGGAGACAGAUGAUGACGCGAAUUACAAAGAAGACAGGCGUUAUGAUAUUGCACAGUUCUUCGAUCUUGAGGCUGCUAUGUACCUCAAACAGUGGGAUGAUGUCGCCAACAUGUGUGCAUCCGACGACGCAUUCCCGGAUCUGGAAUUUUACGCACCUGUCAUGGAUCUGACUCUUCAAUUGAACCUGCCACCCACACUGGCAAUUCAGAUCAUCAAGCGGGUGGUGUCAAAACUCAGCGAGCUACAGGACGAUCCCCCAUCCACAUGGCAGCGCGAUUUCCGGGUUUCCCUGCCUCGCUACCUCCAUUGUUUAUUCAUUCUAGCCACUGCACCGGCGCAAGGCCCAAACAGUCAUGAAAUUGCCUUGCUCGAUGUCAACAUGGCCGACCCCAAGGUAGCCGAAGAAGUGCUUGACAAAGUCCUCGCAAUGGCAGACAAAGAGGGAGCCGUUAAGGAGGGGGGACACAAUGCACUGCACGAUCCGAAUAUCAUCCAGGCCGGAUCUGAGCUCUGUGAGGUGUUUACAUAUCCAGCUGCGGAGUUGAUCAAGAUUGCUACUGUGGCUUUCAAUAAAGCUACCGACUUUUACCGUGCUACUCAGGAUGAUGACUGUCAGCGUUGGGCGAACAAGGCAAUUAGUAUUGCUCAGCUUGUUCCUGGUGCUCAGGGCAAACAGCUCGUCAAGACUCUUCAGGCUAGGCUGGGGAGCUUGAUUGGAGUUUGA